AUGAGAGGGGACGGUAGCCCGGGAGUAGCAGCAGCAGAGGUGAAACAUGUUUUAGUUCAAGAUGUUACUUGGUUCAGGUAUAUUCUGGACUUGCUGAUGUGCGGAACAUGGCCCUUUAAGCUCCUAGGAAUUUUAGAUGUUGAAAACGUUCCCUGCGCACGGGAUUCGGUACUGUACGGUUCAUUAGGGUGUGCUGUGGCUGGCCUUGGACACUUUUUGUUAACUAGUAGGAUUAGAAGAUCAUGUGAUGUUGGAGUAGGAGGAUUUAUCUUGGUGACUUUAGGAUGCUGGUUCCAUUGUAGGUAUAAUUAUGCAAAGCUAAGAAUCCAGGAAAGAAUUGCCAGAGAUGGAAUUAAAAAUAAGAUUUUGUACGAAAGUACCCACCUUGAUCCUGAAAGAAAACAAAGCACCAGCAAGGGCAGCAGCUGAGCGGAGUCUCAGGCAUGGAAGCCCGGAUACAACCGUGGGGUCAGUGCGAAUACACUGGAGGCAAUUCUGUUAGACCUCUAUGGACCAUUAGACUUUCAAUCAAGUAAUAAAUAAAAGAUGUGUUGGUGUA